AUGGCGUCUGCUGAUGUGAGACAGGAGCUGGACUGUUCCAUCUGCCUGAGCAUUUAUACAGAUCCUGUAACCCUGAGAUGUGGCCACAACUUCUGCCGGGUCUGUAUUGAUCGUGUGCUCGAUACACAGGAGGGGGCUGCAGUUUAUAAAUGUCCUGAAUGCAGAGCAAUGUUCAGAAGGCGUCCUGUACUGCAGAGGAACAUAACUCUGUGUAACAUAGUGGGGAGUUUCCUGUCUACUCGGCCAGAUCAGGAGGAGACUGGGAUCUUCUGCACUUACUGUAUUCACUCUCCUGUACCUGCUGCUAUAUCCUGUCUGCUGUGUGAGGCUUUUCUGUGUUAUAAUCACCUGAGAGUACACAGCAAGUCAGCAGAACACGUCUUAUGUGAUUCCACCACUGCCCUGGGGAACAGGAAAUGCUCCGUCCAUAAGGAGCUCUUCAGAUAUUACUGCACUGAGGACGCUGCCUGUAUCUGUGUAUCCUGCAGUUUGGCUGGGAAACAUUGGGGACAUAAAGUGGAGAUGCUGGAUGAGGCCUCUGAGAAGAAGAAGGAAAAGCUGAGAGAUGCUCUGCAGAAACUGACCACAAAGAGAGCGGAGACAGAGAAAAGAGUCCAGAGUCUGCAGGAGCGUAGGAGAGAAGAUCAGGGAAAAGCAGCUGGUGUAACAGAGACAGUCACUGCCCUGUUCAGAGACAUCAGGAGACAACUGGAAGACCUGGAGAAGAGAGUCCUGAGUGAGAUCUCCAGGCAGGAACAGCGCGUUUCACUCUCAGUCUCUGAUCUGAUCCAGCAGCUGGAAAUAAAGAAGGACGAGCUGUCCGGGAAGAUGCGUCACAUUGAGGAGCUGUGUAAUAUGUCUGACCCAGUGACUGUCUUACAGGAACCAGACACAGGGGACUUGUGUGAUACUGAGGACACAGAGAGACAUGAUAACCAGGUCCGCGGUGCAGGAGAUCUGGAUGUGGGUCUCAUCUCAGGGACAUUACACACAUUAUCUGAUAUAAUAACAGGUAUAAAUACAGGGAUCUAUGUGCGGGAAGCUACAAACCCUGUAUUGCCUGUAACCACAGCUGGUAAUAAUAUACACAUAGCAGGUGACAGGAAAAUUGUAUAUGGCAUGCCAUCAGAGUUCUUACCUUGGACCUGGUCAGAUUAUCGCAAAAUGUCAUAUAAGGAGAAAUGCUUUCUCGCUCCUUAUUUCUAUGGCAGUGCACCCCAAUCUGCUCCGCUGCCCCCUCCCCAGUCUUUCCUAUCACCUCCAUCUGCUGGGAGCACUCCUGCAUUCAGGUAAUGCCAGCAGCCUGACUUCUGUUCCUGUUCUGACGGUUCCAGUUUGGUCCAAGUGCAAAGUCAUUUCCAGCCUGAGUCCUGUUCCUGUUCUGCCAGUUACAGUCCAGUCCAAGUGUUUAAGUCCGGUUCAACUGCUACUUGCUCCUGUUCAGCCAGUAUCUGCCUAUUACAUGCCAUUACCAGUUCUAGUUUCUAUUUCAGCUAGUUCCAGUUCAAGUCUACGGCUCUCCUCCAUGUACUCCUUGGCGGCCAUUACUAUACCAGCAUCACUGGAUACCCCAGUCCAUUUAUUAGCCUCAUUCCCUGAUCUACAUCCAUUUGUGCUCACCCUCAUGUGCAAGAGCUACAUCCACCCUCUUUUCCUGCAUCAUCCGCCCACUACUGACCCCGCUCCAGAGAUAUACAUCAGAAUCACCCAAUAACACCAGAGAGAUUUCAGUGUGAUCAGGUAAUAAGCACCAGGGGAUUCUCCUCAGGGCGACAUUACUGGGAGGUGGAUGUCAGUAAGUCAGUGUUCUGGAGGGUGGGGAUGUGUUAUCCCAGUAUAGACAGGAGAGGAGAUCAGUCACACAUGGGAUUAAGGUCCAAAUGUAUUAGGUCUUAACAAGAGAUACAGUGGAAAUGGAUAAAGAGUGCUAAAUGACCGGACAAUCAGCUUCCUGUCAUUUUCCAAACACAGCCUGUGACAUGACAGUUAGGAGCUGAUUGGCUGGUACUUUAUCACUCUUUAUCCGUCUCCACUUUAUCUUUUGUUAAGGCUUAAGGUGGGUGCUAGGGCUGGCGGCAGAUGAUGGACACUUUCCGAGCUGUCCGGGGGGCUGAGAGUGCCACCCGAUUUUUGGGAGCCUGCUGGGUCUGGAUGUGUUUCCAUGUUGGUGUGUUAAAAGCUGCACUGGCGUAUUUACUAUGGGUGCGGUGUGUUCAGUCAGGGCUGGUGACAAGGGGAGUCAAAGGGGACACCUGUACCGGGCCCCAAGGAUCAGAGGGGCCCCAAGGAUGCACAGCUUAGUGCCCGGCAGGGAUGUGAGUCGUCUUGUCCAAAUUGGGCAGCGAGCUGUAGGCAGUGUGGGCGCAGCCUCAGAGUGACCGGAACCACUCACACACAGUGACUUCCCUGGCCAUGAUUCCCGUGCCCUGCGCCGGCCUGUAAAUAUAUAUUCUGAGGAUGCCCCAGAGAUAUCACUGUAACGGGCCCCAAGAUUUCUGUUGCCGGCCCCGUGUGGGGUGCACACCCUGCACCCAUUUCUUUUCAACACUUAGCCUACAGAGCCCUGUGUUGGCAGCAGCACUGCAGAACUAACCAAAAAAAUGGUGCAGCUGACAUUUUCCCGAUGUUACUCACAUGUGCAGUAGGAAAAUACAUUGAACAUGGGCACCGUGCCGUAUUCCUGGAGAGCUGCACAUGCGCACUAGACUCUGGGACACCGCUAGGGCCCCCUAGUGCCCAGUGUCUACAUUGCUGCUGGCUUGAGAGUGGGGGGCUCGGACGAGGUCUGCAAAUGGCCUCUUCCUCUCUUGAUGUGCCUCUGACAAGCUGUCAUUAUAAGUAUAUAAAUAAUAAUAAUGUUUUUUUGACAACUCAAUAUUUAGGUUAUUUAUAAAUUAUUUUGGAUGAAUUUGAGGAAGAUAGUGUUGGUGCCGGAUGUGCCACUGCAAUACCAGUCACCUCUGAAUCUAAGAUAUGUCAUUGGCACCCAAACACACUUCUUCAAUAAUUGUGCAUCAAUACAUUUAUACAUAUUUUAUUUCAAGUAAAGGAAUUUAUUCAUUUAAAUAACAUGCUAUGGGGCAUAUUGACAUAGGGGAACAAAAUGGCUGCCAGGGAGCCAUACUUGUAUAACUUUUCCGUAUGUGUCAGCAUUUAGGGAAUUUGUCCUUUGGUUUAUAUUCUCACAUAUUUUCCCACUUUCUCACCAAAGAUUUCUAUGUGCCUAUUGGUUGCAGUAGCAAAGAUAUGUACAAUUGUAGCAACAGAUCGCUGAAUGUUGCUAUCCACACAUUUCAUGCAGUAGCUCCAAAUCCAGUAAGUGCUUAGGGCAUUGGGGGUCAUUCCAAGUUGAUCUCUAGCUGCCGUUCGCAGCGCAGCGAUCAGGCUAAAAAUUGGCAUUUCUGCGUAUGCACUGCAAUGCACAGGCGCGUCGUACGGGUACAAUGAGCAUCGUGGGUUUGCACAGGGUUUAACGAAGAUUCCAGUCGCACGGCCGAACGCAGGAAGAUUGACAUGAAGUGUGCGUUUCUGGGUGGCAACUGACCGUUUUCCGGGAGUGCUUAGAAAAAUGCAGGCGUGUCUGAAAAAUGCAGGCGUGGCUGGAUCGGACACUGGGCGGGUGUGUGACAACAAAAGCCAUCCCUCCGUCGUUAGAUUCAACGCACACGAAGAGUAGCUACAGGGCUGGUCUUGUUUUGCACAAAAUUAUUUUGCAGGCGCUCGGCUGCACAGGCGUUCGCACUUCUGCAAAGCGAAAAUACACUCCCCAGUGGGCGGCGACAAUGCGUUUCCACGGCUGCUAAAAACUGCUAGCGAGCGAUCAACUCGGAAUUACCCCCAUUGUUCAUUUCUUAUAUUAAUAACUUUUUUAUUUUCUAAUAUUAUGUUUGCUUCAUUUUACAAAACUAGAUAUAUAUUUCCAUAUCAUAUAUAUAUAUAUAUAUAUAUAUAUAUAUAUAUGUUUGUUUAAGCCUUAUUUUACUUAUAC